CACUGAUAGGCGGCACUGACUGGCAUUGAUGGGUGACACUGAAAGGCAGCUCAGAUGGGCACUGAUAUGUGGCAUUGAUGGGCACUGGUAGGCAGUGAUGUGGCAUUGGUGUGGUACUGAUGGGCAAUGGCAGUUGGCAUGGAUGAGCACUGACACAAGGCACUGAUGGACACUGACAGGUGGCACUGCUGGGGCUACACUGAUCAUCAGGGCACACUGAUCAUCAGUGCCCUAAUGAUCACUGUCAGCGUGACAGCUCGAGAGGAGAGAAAUGCCGAUAACUGGCAUUUCCCUGUUUACAUGUGAUCAGCUGUGAUUGG